CCAUAGUCUGAAGGACUUCUUCCCCCAGAACACUUUGCGGAAGCCGCUUCGAGUGUUUGCGCGGCCGCCGGUCUGCGUGUUCGAAUCCCUGCCUUAGGGAAGAGGGAAGGCCCCAUUGACCGCCUUCCCGGGGUGUUGACUCGGGCCGCCAUGAGCAGGCAUCCUCCCACUCCGUGCCUCAGGGCCUCGAGGUGAUGGGCCCAGGCGCUGUCCGGCCGAGCCCUCUGAAGGAAAGCACCGCCGAAGGUUGCCUUCUGGUCCGUGUGAGGCCUUGCCUUCAUGCGGAGGCCACCCACACUGCGGAAUUAUCGCAUCUUGAUGCCGGUUUGAUCGCCAUAGCAUCAUCCUAUGGGGUCCUAGACUUUGUAGCUCGUUGUGGCACAGGAAAACAAGGCACUGUUCUGCUGAGAUUUAUUUCUGGCCAAGGAUUUGUCUCAGGUUACAAAUUGGCAGCGACUGAGUUGUUACACGCAACUUUUGGGCAACAUCAUGGAUUGGAACACACAGCUCAGCUCUAUAUUGACCGAAGCAGACAGCAACAUAGCCAAAAUUAAGCAGCGUCUGAAUGCAACCAGCAUAACCUCCAAAGCUGAUUUAUUGGUGGGCAGAAUAAAUACUGAGAGUGCUGGUUUGACUGAGCCACAGACUGGAGCACCACCCCUACAUUUCACAUGUGGAGAUCACCCGUGCUGCAGAAUGGCCACUGAAGAGCUUUCCGCCAUCUCUAAGCAACUACAUUCACAAUCUCAGGUCAUAGAAUCCCUUACCCAAGCAGUACAGCGGCUGAAACAGGAGAAGGAUCUACAGCAGCAGAGUAUCAGUCACCUAGAAGGGGAAGUAGAUCGGCUGCGGCACAGUUCCCAGGGUGGCUUGGAGUCAGUACUUGGACACAGGAUGGAAGGGUUAAAGAGUGAACUCCAUAGCCUUCGGCAGCAGGUGUUUCAGCAGUCCGAUGGCGACUGCACUCCUGAUCCAUUUUUCACCACUGGCAUCAUGCAAGAUAUGCUAGAGAGCAAGAAAAUCCUAUGGCGAGAGUAUGAGUGCAUCAGGAGAGAGGUUGAGCAGCUAAAACACAAGCUUGAUCGACAAGAGGAAGAUCUGUUUAACCAGACAUCUACAACACAUGAAAUUAAGAAGACUCAAAAUCAGUACUGUAAGAUGCUGGAAGAUCUGAUGAACACGCAUAAAUCUCAGACACGGGAUCUGGACAAAGCUAGGAGUGAAACCCAAAGCACACAGCAGGAACUCAGUCAUGUGAAAUCUUCAAUUACUGACCUAAAAGAACAGGUGAAAAGUCUGCACUUGGAAGACAAGCAGUACACUCUGCCAUAUAAGGAGAAAAGCAUUCGUCUGAAAAAAAGCAAAGAAGCAUUGCACCUAGAUGCCUUGUUCUCUCUCAGUGAUGAUUCAGUCUCGGAGUUCAGUCUCACAGAUGUGAGCUCAGAUGAACUCUUCAGUGAACCAGAGAUUUCACAAUUAGUUGAGGACAAGGUUUGCAUGCCAAGCUUGGAGCUGGGGGAAAAUCCAACUGAAGGAGCCAGUUGUGCCAUGCGGGAAAGUGCCAAGCUCAGCAGUGACCUGUCUGCCAGCUUGCCUAAGCUCAACCUGAGUGAACUUUAAAGCCUCACAUAAGAACUGCCCCGAUCUUUCUAAUGUGGAAACAGAUUAAAGAAAGGAGAUACGUAUGGAUUGCUAUUCCCUAUUUUGAGUUGCAGUUUUGUACGGUUGCAACCUGAGGUAGAAAGAGGACAUUACCUCAGCCCUACGGCCUUUGCGGUAGCAGUACACCAAAGUAUUAUAUUAAUGCCUGAAAACAUUCAGAAAGACUUCUGGCUCUUUCAGGGCCUCCCAAAAUUCCUUUUGGAAAGGAUCUGUUAGAUUGCAAGUCCUGGUGUUUGCGGAAUUGAGCUUCCUUCCAGUAACUAGUCGUUCCCAACUCUUGUAAUGUUUAAACAGCUUGUAACCCAAAUAUUGAGGCUGAGGUAUAACAGAAAACACUCUAGAAAUUGAUACAUCUUAAAAUUACAGACUUUGUUAGUUUGUUCCGCUGUGCUUAUCCAAACAAAAACUUCUAAUCCUCCUAGUUCAGCAUUCCUGAGGGGAAAAAUGGAUAUGAAAGAUUCAGUUCUCUGAUUACACUUAGUUUAGCUUGCAAUUGAACUCAGUAUUGUUCACAAGUUACCAGGGUAGGAUUGGUAAGAUUGGAGAUAUGUUAUCGUUGGGAGCAAGAGGAAAUAAUAAUUCCCAUAGUACUCGCUCUCUCAGAGCCAAAAGAAAUACAAUUUUCUUGCCCAUUUUGCUGCCUAGAGGCAUGAGAAGUAGAAAUUUAUUAAAAUUGAUGUUGUGUUCCCCCAUCUUACAUUUAGUUUAUAGCACAUGAGGUUCUUGAGUGAGACAGCAUUCACGUACUAGGGAAAGUUGCCUCUCCCGCUCCCUGCAACAGCUUGGGAAAUCUCUCUUAAAAGAGGAAUCCCUCAAAGAACAGCCUACAGUAAGAGGCAUGUUCAGUUUCUGAGUAAAAGACUUCAGAAGGGAAAAGGAUUAAAGUGGGGGGGGGGGAUUAGCCCAAAGGGGAUUAAAUCAACAGAUGCUCCAUUAUAGUUCAAAGAGUUCUGGCAAGCAGCAGUUGUUCCUAGAGCUUAUUAGUUUGGGGCUACUCAUGACACUGGCUUGUUUGUAGGGCUGGGGAAGUAUAGAUGACAAAUCUGAAUUCAUGACCCCUGGACACAACAAAUGUAACUGGAUGCAUUCCAGGGGUAAAUCUUUUGUGUACUCAUCAACAAAUGUUGACUUUGGUAUUUUACUUUCAACUGCUGUUCAUGUAUGCCUAUUUUGCUGGAAUUUUUUACUUUUGAUAAAUGGGAAGGAGAUGAGAAGAAAUAAACAAGUUACCCUUAUA